CUCGUCCUCCUCCUCCGUGGCGGCGCAGAGAGCCCUGAGCGGCCACGUCAAGCUCUUGCGGCCCGUCAUGGUGCAGGCGUCGGUGGUGCCCGAGUCCCCCCCUUCGUCGCCCAACCUGGACGACGAUGCGCCCCCGCUGCAGAUCGACGAGGACGCCCCGACACCGCCCAGUCCGUCGCCGCCGACCUCGCCGCACCCGCCGCGCCUCGUCCCGGCCGUUUCGGGCACCUCCGUGCAACCGACCAGCCCACGUCCUCCCAGCGACCUGGUCGCCACAGGACGUCACGGCGAGGGUCCGUGUGGUGGCAGCGCGUGGAGAGACCGUGUCGAAGGCAUCGCCAAUGGCGACGAGAACAGCGGCGACUAUCGACAGGAACGUCGCACGAUCGGGCGAGCCUCCGUCCGACGCGGAGGAAGCCAGGAUCCGCGAGUACCUGUGUCGCAGCGACACGGCCGUCAUCUACCCGGAGCCCGUAGAAGCUGCCAGCGCUCCCGACGUAUCGGCACAGCGACAAGGGUUGGCCUCAAACGGCCGUGCCGACGAGGAGUCGGCGAGCCGUGCGAGCCCCGUGGCCGUCGCCGCUGGCGGCGACGGCACUAGCACUACUACCACCGCCAAGGACAUCAGCACCACCAUGCUGGAAGAGAGCAUGGUCCUGCACUGUUCCCACUGCUCGCUCCGCUUCACGGGGCCCAGCGCGGUGGCGCAGCUCAGGGACCAUCUCAUGUGCGUGCACUCCGGAGGCGGGGGACAGCCGGAGGACUCGAUGCCCGUGAAGAAGGAGCCGAUCGACGAGGUGCGGCCGCCCUCGCCGUCACCGCGCCCCCCUAGCGAUGGGCCCGUGGUCGGCGUGGCCGCCUUCACCUGCGCCAAGUGCAACCUGAGCUUCUCCAAGAAGGAGCACCUGGAGAAGCACGACCUCGUGCACACGGCCACCGGUCCCGGCGCACAGCCGCGGCCAAGCCAGGCACCCGCCCAGCCGAGCGCGGACGAGAACGCGGCGGUGCGCAAGUUCAAGUGCCCCGAGCUGUCGUGCGGCAAGGCAUUCAAGUUCAAGCACCAUCUCAAGGAGCACAUUCGCAUCCACAGCGGCGAGAAGCCGUUCGAGUGUCAGCACUGCUUGAAGCGGUUCUCGCACUCGGGCUCGUACUCGUCCCACAUGACGAGCAAGAAGUGCCUCAUCGUCAACCUCAAGGUGCGCAAGAUGGACACCAAGGCGGCGCGGCAGCGUGCUGCUAGCGGUGCCACUGGCGGCGCCCAGAACAACACCUUCCGGCCCAUCAUUCCAAAGUUCGGUGCCGGCGGCGAAGUGUCCGUGUCUCCCCUGGCGAGCGCCUACCUCCAAGACCGCUUCCCGUUUCCUGGCGACUACACCGCCCGCUCGCCAUCCUCUGCGAGCCAACCGGGCGUUCCGCCACCGUUCCUGCCUUCGUACGCGUCUCCGCUCACCCUUCAGCACCUGCUGGCCAGCCAGUUCUCGGCGAUUCCGCCCCAAUACCACCUACCCACUCUGCCGCCCUCGUUCAGCGAGGUGGCCCAAAUGCUGCAGGCCAGCAGCGCCGCCAUGGAGAAGGCCUCGUCGCCGGCCAACAACGGCGACGUCAAACUUCCGCCGACUGCCGACGCCGUGAAGAAGUUCCUCGAAUUGAUGGACGCCGCUGCUGCCAAACGCAGCAACGGGUCUUCACCACCUCCGCCCAAGAAGAACGGCCUGCUCCCAGGCCUACUGAGCGCCGGUCCUCUUCCUCUCCAGGCCAGCCGCGACGAUCCACCGUCGAGGCACGAGUACUCGUGCGUCCACUGCAAGGCUGCCACGUUCGACAACCCGCUGGCACUGUGCCACCACGAACAAUACUCUUGCACCGCCAGCCGGGAUGUGAACCGGAACCUUUACUCCGAUCUCAAGGGUGCUCCUCAUCCCCAUCCGUCGCUGGCGGCGAGGGAGGAGUCGGGUCGGGAGUCGACCGGUGGAAGCGACAUGACCGACGACGACGAUGACAGCGGCGAGGAUGGCAGGCGACCCCGACCGGACACUAUAUCGGCACGGGGAGAGAUGCUUCUGCAGGCCGCCUUCGUAAUUAACUCUUCGCCGGAUCGCGACCAGCUGUCCAACCUCGCGCGCGAGAUUGGUUCGAGCACGAGGACCGUGCACGCCUGGUUUCAGAGUGCGGUGGCCCGGUCGUCUUCAGCCCCGUCUCGCCAGCUGUCGUCGCCGCCAUUUGGUUCGUCUCCCGCGUCCAAAACCGGCGACAUCGUCGGCUCCCUGCUACCGGUUGCGUACACGUCGCUGGGAGUGGCGCUUAACGGUGGUGCGUCAUUACCGGACGGGCAGCCAUCGGAUCCAGCCCUGGCGGAAUCCGAACAGCCGUUAGACCUAUCGGUCAAGUCAUUUGGCGGCGGUUCCGGUUCAAAUACACCUUGGAGUAACGGCGCUCUCAGUAGCGGUCACACGGAACCGGAAAGCGACUGCGAGGUUCUGAACCUAAGCCAGAGGUCUCCGCGGACUUCUACACCAAGAGAGAACGACGCGGUGUUCAUUAAUGGUGACAUCUCGCAACGGCGUAGGUCGUCGCCGUCGUCGCUUCGCGGUCCCCUGGGGCCCUACACGGCGUCCGAAGACUUCAAAGCUGCCAUGCUUCACUCGGCAGGCCCCCUUCUGUCCUCCUCCGCGAACCGGAUCCUCGCCCUGUCGGCUCUCAAGGGCCUCGACUUCGAAGUGCAGGCCGACUUGCAGCGGUUCCGCGACUUUUCCUUCCGGGAGAGGCAUCACCACGGCUACCCGUCGGCACCGCAGGAACCCAGCUCCGUCAUGGGGCUCCUGCUUGCAUCCCCGCACUCGGCGCUCUCGCCGCCUACAAGCGCUGACCUGAUGCGCUCAUCGACGUCAUCGGACAGCCGCGACGCUACUAACAGCCCUCCCUCGCACAACGCCUCCGGCCUCAGGGAUGGCAAGAUGCUGCCGUCGCCGAUGUACUACGGCGACGGAGAUGACCACGGCAGCGGAGAACCCGGCAGUCCCAAGUGCUACCGGAAGAAAAACUUCAGACAGGGCGAUGCGGAGUGCCUGGCGGACGAUGACUGCCCAUCGAAUGACGAAGACCCACGCCACCCGGGCUCCAAGAAACGCAAGCUUUCGGCCAAGGGCGACAGCGCCUCGGAAGAAGGCAUGUUCUCCUGCGACCAGUGUGACAAGAUGUUCAGCAAGCAGAGCUCGCUUGCCAGGCACAAAUACGAACACUCAGGCCAGCGACCACACAAGUGCGACGUCUGCGAGAAGGCCUUCAAACACAAGCACCACUUGACGGAACACAAGCGGCUGCACAGCGGCGAGAAGCCUUUCCAGUGCCAGAAGUGCCUCAAGCGCUUUUCCCACUCGGGCUCCUACAGCCAGCACAUGAACCAUCGCUUCAGCUACUGCAAGCCCUACCGAGAGAACGGCAAGUAGGGCGAGCGCCGUAUCCAUCCUUCGCCCUCCAGCGGAGGACUGCCCCGUCUGCCUGGCGCGACCCUCCGAACCCGGGGGGUUUGAGCGGCACAACAGCGCCAGCUGCUUGAUCCUGAGAAGCCACGCGCCUUUCCCGCUGCACCUUGAUUCGGUGCAGUGGCGGACGGCAUAUUCAAAACCUGCAGUGGGCACAAGCAGCCGGCCUGAGGGGGCAGUCCACACUUCGGCGAAAAGAAAGAAAUCGGCGCACUUGUCAACGCAUUCCAAGGAGCGGGUGAGCUGGACUCAGCGAGAGUGUGGAAAAGGGCAGCCGCUGCUCCGUCGACAGAGUUCUUCGUGGGUUCAAGGUUUCGCGUCAGCUUCGUUCGACGGUGUUCCUGUAGCCUAAGCCGUGGGACGGGCCUUUCCUCCCAUUUGCCGCCGCAGGUGUUCAGGCCUGAACUAGCGAUGCCAUGCUUCGUGGUGGACCGCGCGACGCCCCGGCGUUUGAAGCCGUGCUCGUGCCCAGGGAGGGAGACACCGGACGAUCCGUCGCGCUCCUGACAAGCUUGCUUCCGGCGGCGCGAUUCCUUUGGCAAGGGUCGACGCCUGCGCGAAGCACCGGUGCACUUCUCCUUGACAUCGACAGCUAUCGAGACAGUCGUUCGACCAGCACCGGAAGCGGAUCUUGAAGACAAGGGAUGCGUGCUUGUGUUCUUGCGCGAAUGGAGCGCGUGUGUGACCGCAAACUUGAGAGUGUAACUGUCAGUAUGACUGCUCUGUUCCGGUCGCCCCGACCCGUGCUUGUCUCCAGGCUAUCGGUAACUCUCCGAGGCAGCCGCAGGUCCGCGUUCUCGACACCUCGUCCCUCCAUCCUUUCCACGAACAAGAGACAAGCGAGGCUCACUUCGUUUCCGCCUACGACUUGCAGCAGCUUCACGGGAUCAAAAGUGUAAUCUUAAGAGUGGGCAUGACUGAUUGACUGAGGGCGUGUUUUGCCCAAACGAACGUUGUUAGAACUCGCUCUCUCCCUAUGUAAUUUCUGUUUUUUUUUUUUUUUUUUCGGUUUCCUCUCUCCGUCUAAAUCGCUGUCUUUCCUCUCCGCUGAUACAUCUAACACAGAAAGAGCUGUUUUUACGCUGUGCUAUAGUGUUGUAUACAUGCUGUUCGCAAGCGUUCUUUGAAGUGUACCCUUCGGCGCUUGUAUGAGCAUAAUAAUGUGCUUGUGCGCGCGCGCCUGUGUGUGCGCGAGUGAGUGUUCGCUGUUUACCGCGCUUUAGUCGUCUUGGCUGCUUUAUUCGACGACCGUUCGUUUAUGCCUUCACGGUAGGCUUGUACGAGACGUUCGUCGCUGUUGUUUCGUUCCUGGAAUAUUCUCAAUUUAAGACGCCACUAUUAGCGCCUACGGAGUCGCGUAGGAAAGUCCUAAUCAUCAGCGAGUGCCGAGCUACUCGCGUUAUUUCUCCUUCUCCUCUUCUUUUUUUUUUCUUUGUCGGCUUUGUUGCUGGUUCUGUGUGUUCAAAUUAUUGAGACGCAGGUGACAGCUGCGACAUUGUACCUGGUUUUUUUUUAAUAAUUUUUUUGAAGCACGGUUGGGAUGAUGCAUGACGAAGUCACAGUUGUUGCGUGGCCGACUUUUACGUUUGUUCAGAAUGGGAAGGUUGCAUGCGCGUCCCAGGAAAGUUGUGAACGUUGAGCUCUUCUUCUUUUAUUUUCACCAAGCAACAUUGUGGUGAACCUCCUCGAAAUGUCGGUGCAAGCCGUUUGCCGAGUGCAGCUGUGCAUUUAGACAACGAAACUCGUUAGUCGCACGUUCUUGGUCUCGCGGUCUACUUACUGCAUUAUAAUUCUUGGUAACUUUUGAAAUCAUUACUUGUCCGGAACCUCGAACGUGCUUCAUUAGGUUUUCUCUUUUGUUUCUUUGCAUCUUAUCGCGAAAAAGUUUUGUGAUCUUUCUUUUCUUUUUGCCAGUCGAAUACAUUUCGAUCGACAGCGUAAUCCGACAGUUGUCAUGGUUUCAACGUCAAAAGAGAACAAUGUUCAGCACCGCUAUCACUUAUUUUGCUUGGCACUAGUCAACUGAUGCGCGGCUAGUCGUUUUCAUCGGGAUUGACGUGCAAUUUCCUCGAAAGCCAAAGAACCCAGGAUAUCAAGUCGUUUUCUUUACUUUCUGCGCCACUUCCCCGUUCUAGAACGACGUAGCCAACUGCUACUGCUCUACAUAACGUUACUGCCACUCUUCCUGCAUGUUGAGCGCUGUGUACAGCUGUAGCUGUACCGUGCCGCGCAUGCGCACUUGGCAGUGGCGCCAUCUGUAGAGCGGUAACGGUUUGUUAUAACGUUCUUGACUCAAGUAUACAAAGUCGCAAGGAGCUUACUCCAUUUUCGCACUUGUUUUUUUUUUCCCCUUGUCCUCCGAAGAGCUACAGUUGCAAGCAGCACGAAAGAAAAGAGGCAAACUGGCAUUUAGUGGUAUGCAAUGAACUCGUGUACAUAGAAGAUUCCAUUAUGCGUCAUUCAUUUCUCGCGUAUUUGGCAUUUCGUUUCGAAGAAUUUGUUUCAUAUGUGCAGCAACAUCGCGCAGUCGCAGUUGUCACUGCAGUUGAACAUACUCUAGAGAAACGUGUAUAGAAGUGGUGCGACUUGGUACGACGCGUCGAGAGAGAUGCGCAAGGGCCCGCGUCAGAAAUGCAAUCUCACUGCGUAUUCUUCUCACGCAUAUUUGAAGAUAUAAAUAUAUAAAUAUUAUAUGAAUAUAUAUAUUAUAUAUACAUAUACAUACAAACAACACGAAGCUUGUGCCAAUUUGAGGGAGCAGAAUCUUUUACGCUCCCUUCUUUCUUGCUUUUUUUUUUUUUUCGCUCUCGUUUACGUUUCGACAAGCGUUGCGUUGUCUCGAGGCAUAGAGGCACGUUCUCUCUGAUGUGCUUCUUAAAUGGUUGUUCGCAGAAGCCAAGCUUUAUUCAGUAUUAUUGAGCGAAUCGUGCGACAAUUAGAGUUUUUAGCAUCAGUUAGUGGUCAAUGAGAGUCGUCGUCAAUACCGCGUCAAAAAUUGGAGGACGCUUAAGCUUCGCCUUUAAUAAGAGUGGAACGCGAUAGCGUUAUCAGGACCCGUUCGCAUCGCAACGCGUGGCUGUAGGUCUGGUACAAAUGCUGGAAAAGGGGUUUGUGUUUCGUCGUAGCAGAAUUAGGUUUUCUCGUACAUUCAAAUUACAAUCCCACGCCGAUUGGUAAACAAUCCAACGGCGAAUCCGACGCCGAGUGGUAAAGUCGUACUUUACCAUUUUCCUGACGGAUUUCACUGUGAGAAAUUCAAUUUUUUGUUUACCAAAACCUUGCACCACGUGGACGGCCUGCGCGGUCCGGGUGGUUAGGGUUGAUUUUCUCCGCCACCCGCAUCGCACGCCGACGCCGGUUGCCGACGCCGGAUUUUCUGCGACACGGGGCCCUUAACGCUAUCGCGUUAAUAAUGACGCCCGAUGUCCAGCGUGCACGGUCCUGAAAACCUGACGCUCUUUGCUGUACAGUUGUUGCCGUCCUCCGUCGGGUCGCGUAUUUCCACGAGUGAGCCGCAUGUGUCGUGCGAACAUUGUUGCAGAGUAUAGAUUAGGUAAAGCGGCGCUCGUACAGUCUUUGUCAAAUGUAUUCGGGCCGUGAAAUGCGCGAUCGGAACUCUCUACUGGGAAGUGGUGGUCGGGCUUUCGUGGCGCUCUUUGCAACACUCAAAGCUAUUGAAUUGGAUUGGCUUGAGUUUGCUCGUUCUUAAAGCGGCAUUAAAGUUUGCAAACGAGAAAUAUCGUUUACCCUAAUCAAGUCGAGGCUGAAUUUUUGUUUUAUUUAGUUUUCAAAUUUUUUGUAUUUCCCCAAUUGGCGACUAUAAUCUUAAAAGUUUUACUCACUUGCGAACUCUUUGGGGCACCGAUAAUUCAAUAGGCGCAAGUAAACGGCGUAUUGCCCGAGUCGCGGUCACCAGUGUAGGGUUGUUCUGACGACACAGGCUGUGCCUCUCUGCCCGAGCAAAUCGCAACGCGCAUUUUGUAAAUGUCAUUGUGCAAGCUUUCCCUACUUUCUGUAUUAUUAAUUUUCUUGUUUCCACAAGUCUCAUACAGCGAGUGCAUACCAAAGAAGGCUUGGUCUUUCGACAAAGCGUCGAUGACUGCGGCCACCCCCUGUAUAUAGACACAUACGCGAACGAAACGCCGCAAUGCAGGUUGUCGUUGCGUUGAGCUUUGUUUCAGCAGUAUUCUAUUAUGUCAGUUAACACUUAGUCGUUUUCGUUUCUUUCCGUUCCGUGUGACGUACCUCGUGGGGGCGUAUGCUGUGUUGUUCUCGCAUUCUCGUUUUGGACGCAUGCGUCGCCUAUUUCAUCUGCCAGCGCUUUCACGAACCUUUCGGGACUCGCACAUCGGUGGCCACUCUUCUGAACCGUUCCACCAAAAGGAAUCGGUUCGAGCCUCGUAUUCCUUGACUCGAUUUCGUUCAUUGACUUCAUUCUCGUGUCCUGACUUGAUUCCGCGCCGCAUUUCCUCCUACUCGCGUUAACCAUUAACCACGGGUUAAAGUCGAUUAAAAAAGCGAAGGUGGCCUGGUCAGUGUCGGUAUAUAUAAGUAUGCCUGAAGAAGGCUUUCGAAUCACAGGCAGCCUACGCAGGAACGGUCGCGCUCUAGCACAUCUCUUUAUUUUAAUCGCGCAUGGCACGGGCUUCAAUUUUUCCUAUUUAAUCUCUCGCAUCCUAGCAAUUAGCUCUGCCUUUGCUUUGCGCAUUGUCGGCAUCCUUUUGUUCGUUCAUUUAUUUUGCCCCACCCUCUGUGGAGGUGGGUAUCUUCGUGCAAUAUAUAUGCCAUUUACAGUAUCAAUGUAUACCAUCGGCCACAGUCCCUCGGCCUCGUCAUCUUGGAGAAUAGAAGACAGGGUGCAUUGGGCGAUCCUCAUCGAAACGCAGAAUUCUGCGGCCACCUUAUGAGUUCGCUUCCUUGACAUGACCUCCGCCUCGUUUUAUCGAGCGUGUUUCUAGUCCGCUUUUUUUUGAAACCACUGUUUUCUGCGGGGAUGUAAUUUCGUGUGCAAAUUGUUCCAACUUUCGAAAUUGACGCUACCAGAGAUUCUUUAAUACAACAACCAUGGUGGCGCCGAUCAGUUUGGUUCCUCUGAAGCCAGAGCUAUAUAAGCGUGCGUACCUGGCUAUCAUUGAUUGAAGAACAAAAAAAAAAAAAUGGUUCCUAGUAGGCCUAUUGAGUCUAAAUUGCUUCUGUCUUUAGAAUGGUCCGGCGAAGUGGCAUCGAUUGCAGCAAGUGUGCCCUUCUGUCGUAGGCAGCUGAUUUAAUUAAUCACUAGAAAAAUGUGCAUUCGUGAAGUCAUGUUUCCUAAAACAAUUUGCAGGCCGGAAAUAUCAUCUCCGUAUUACGCGUGUUAUUAUUCAUAUUGGUACCUCUCUGUCGAUCUUCCUGUCUUUCUGAGUAGCGUUGAAAUUAGUUUUUUCUGUUCCUGAACUAAUCAGAUUUUUGUAGCAUUGGGCGUACACAAUUGUAGCCUGAUUGAUGAGUGUACCUAGUCACUCUGUAAUAUAGCUGAUUAUCGUUUCUUACUUUCUGUUUCUCUGCAUUAUUAUUUUUCUUGUCAAUCACGCGUCCGUCAAGCCAUGUCAAGGUAAAAAGUCUGUUGACAGAGUAGCACACAACGAAAAUUUCAGCGAACAUCGACGCUAUGGCGACGAUCUGUGAUGACCCGUAGCGUCAUCUCGUUCGUUUCAGUUUAGUAAACCUCAAAAGUUCUUGAAUUUGUUGCUUUAGAUUUUGUUUUUUAAACGUAAUGACGUGCCGAGGUAUGUUCAAGUGUUGACGGAUGAGUGGCACGUGAAAACCUUCACUGUGGGUGUUUUUUUUCUUUUUUUUUCUUCUCCCUAUCUUGUUCUUCCUGCUUUUUUUUUGCUCGCUCGUCUGUCUUUAUGUAACUAACGCAUGCGCGUAGGGAGAAUGUAAGCGAAUUCAUUUCUUCCUGAUCUACCAGAGAAGAUAUUCAAAGUGCAGUAUUACAUGAACAUGACUAUGUGCGGUGUCUGCCGACGAAACGUGCCAAAACAUGCCAAAUCGUAGUGCUUCGGUGCCAAAGAGAAAUGACACUGUGAUGUUUUCUUUUACACCGUUUCCAAAACCUUGUACAUGUUUCAGUUGUUUGUGCAAACUGCCAAACUUCGCAUUCAGACAGUCAGCAGUUUGUUUGGCCUCGUAUAGGGCAUAAUUUAAGCAGGGUAAUUAAGAGAAAUGUGCCAAAGAAAACAACUUCAUCAAAACAGUCUUUUUUGCGUGUGUGUGUGUAUAUAUGUGCUAGAGGUAAAUAUGACCAAAGAAGCUCUUGCUCUCGAGUUUUAUGCUAAUUACUGCAUACCAAAAGGUGCGUUGCUUUAGUGCAAGCCCAUGCUUAGACGCAGUUCACUAAAGUGAACAUAUAAUGCUCCUGAAAACGAAUGCGUGUGCUAUUACUGAUUAACUGGUCAUUUGGCACCUUGCUACUAUGCGCUCGCGAAAUUCGCAAACCUGACGUGACCAGCUUAACCGGUGGGCAAAUCUAACUAAUUCUCACAACCUGCGGCGUCCACAUGACGUGGGCGUGCUGUGGCGUCGUAAACUUUCUCAGACAAAGGUAACUACGUUCAACGGACCUCCACACUAAUGUUCCCGUGUUUUGUUGAACCUGAAGGCAGCUUUUCACCACAGCACUUUGUGGCCAACAUCCCAAUUGUUUUUCGUGAGCGAUUCGUGCUCUAGCGCCGGCUCAUCCUGGCUGCGUGCCUCUUAUUUCCUUUAAAUUUUCAGAACGCUUGGAGAUUUUACACGCAUGUCGCUUUUCUUCUUUUUUGAUGCGCCUACAGUUGCCUCCACUGAUUACUGAUUUCAGGUGGUGGCUCCGCGCCACUUGCGGUGGUUACCUGUGCUAUUGGGUCUUGUUCAGCUGUAUUCAAAACGAAUGGAAACACUUGUAUUACUGCCGUGCUAUUGCAAUGCCAUUUGAUGGAGUUGUAUUUAUUAGUUAAUUAUACGAUGCGGAUGUGGUUAUUGCUGGUUUCUAAAUGUUUCGCCAGAGUCACUAACAUGCUGAUUGGCUCUCGCUCAUUCCUUCGCUUAAAACAUGCCGCGACUGAAAAUGGCAAGAGUUCGACGUGCUACCGUUUCCGUAAACUGUGCCACCAAUUGUAGAUUCUUGGAAUUUGGUGAACGAAUAUUGUUCAGUGCUGAUGUUUACACUGUGAUUACCCUUGGAAACAGGAUACCAGACAUGAGUAACAAAGUUAUCUGAAUACUUCAGAGAGAACGAGGAAUCUGCGGCCGAGAACAAGCAUGUACUUCUUCAACCUGGAUUCUUCCAAGUCCCUGAGCUUCACUGAUGACGUUGUCAUUAUUGCAGUAACUUUUGCUUUCAUUUUCGUACCAGGGUCGACAAAAUGUGGUGUUGUCAUUUACGCUUUAAACCACGGAAAUGGUAAAAACACGCACACGACGGAAAGUGCAUUGCCCGAAGUUUCAUUACUGAGUUCUGCAUCACCCCCCGUGCAUAAAAUGAUGUGCACAGGUUUUUAGUUUUUGUUGUUUCAUUAUUUUGUGUCGUAUGUGUAAGAUUUAUAUUUUGUAUAAAGCUUUUUGUUACCAACUGA